AAAUUUAAUUAUUGAUAUUAUAUCUAUAAUUAAGUUAAAACUAUCAUUUUUAUCGAUUGUUAUUCUUUCUAUUACUAUUUUAAUCGGGUUUUUACCGGAUUAUAUGUAUACUAAAAUAACGUUAUCGCUUGUUCGAACUAAUCUAUUAACAAGAUGCUACGUAAUGAAUUAUUGAAAAUAAGGUACACUACAGUGACCCUGGGAUCUGAAAAGGUUAGAUUAGAUUAAGUAGAAUCCAUAGGCAGGAUGUAUAUUUUAAAAACUUAAAACGAAUUGUAUGGUCUCUCGAAUACGUGUCAUGUAUAUGUGCCAAGUUUCUGCGAAAAGUGAAUAAAUGUCUGUUAAUAUACAAGGCUGAUUAAUUUUUAUCGAGCACGGGCUAAUCAAUAUUCUCCGUCAUUAUGUGCAUCGUAUUCAUUAGCAGUGUGCAACACAUGAAUGGCGGGUACCGGUUAAUCGUUGCAUCAAACCGAGACGAAUAUUAUGACCGUGCGACGUUGCCCGCGGACUAUUGGUCAGAGGACCGGGAUGUGAUCGGAGGGCGCGAUUUGGAACCGUCGAGCGUAGGUGGUACAUGGAUGGCUCUAAACGUUCGCGGCAAACUGGCCAUUCUGUUGAAUGUAUUCCAACGCGAUCAACGGCCGAACGCCAAGUCUAGGGGUCGACUGGUCGAGGAUUUCGUUAAAGGCGAUACUCCGGCCCCGGACUACAUGCAAAGAUUGCAGGACGUGUACAACGGGUUUCAACUGAUUACAAUCACUAUGAGUGAAUCAUUUUUAGAAACUCAUUUCUUUACCAACUGCAUCAAAGACGAUAACGGUCUGAAAGUGGAAAGCUUGCCAAACGGCGUUCAAGGUUUCGGCAAUGCUCCUUUUUUAAAGGUGGCAAAUGGUGAAAGACGUUUCAAUGAAAUUGUCAAGAAAUAUGGGCAUAGCAAUACUAAAGAUAUAUUGAUUGAAGAACUUUUAAAUCUUUUGAAAUGGGACAAAAAGCAUUAUCCUGAUGAGAUGAUAACCAAAAUGUCUCCAAACCAUCAAGGCAAUGAUGGUCAAAAAUUGUACAGCUCUGUUUUUGUGGAGAUACCAGCUCUUCGAUAUGGAACUCGAACCCACACAAUUAUAUUAGUAGAUCACAAUGGCAAAAUAGAUUAUAAUGAAUGGACAUUGUCAAAUUCAAAUUGGGAACAACGUUGUUUUACCACGGCACUAAAAUGUAGAGCAGAUUGUUAAUUAAUUAUAUUUUCUUAACCAGUAGUAUAGUUAUAAAUAUUAUAAAUUGUACUUUAUAUUUUUA